AUGCCUUUUUAUAAAAAGAUCGGAAAUUUCAAUUCAAAAACUUUUAAGUUUUCUGGAAGAAGUGAAACAUCUGAAUAUGAUGCUGCAAAUGAAAUGCUCGUUACUGUUCUAAAACACUUAGCCGAUCUUGUCGAAUUAUCUAGUGAUGUUUUUGGUUCCGUUGAAAAUGAAUGCCGUAAAGUGUUUGAAAGAACUCGUAAAUUAGCAAUUAAAAUAGAACGGUGCCAAGAAAAAGUGGAUAAACUGAACGCCAAAACUGCCAUUGUUCCUUUGGGCUCGCUGUCAGAACAGCAAGUGCCGACCCUCACUUUCCUGAGCUGUGAUGUGGAGAAGAGCCACCCCUCAUCGCUGUUCGCCACUUUCCCGCGCCCACCCUUCGUCAAUCGUCUGCGUCAGUUGGCCUAUGGACCUGCGCCCCCCGCAGUCAUCCCCCAUUGCAACUUAGCACCUGAAGCAGAUGGUAGAUCAGCCUCGAGUUCUACAACGCACAUCUAUUGCCAGCCCCUCAAGGUCCCAUCUGUCGACGAGUCCUGUACUAAUGUAGAUAGCUCUACAGACAGAAGCAUGACAUCAGUGAUAAAAGUCAACUCAAAUGUCGUUCCUAUUGAUAUUAGUGGCAAAUCCUUCAGCAGAAUGGCCAGUUUUAGACGUUCUCUGAUUCACGUGGACUUUUUGAUUCGGCGAAAGAAAAAAAAAGAUAAAAGAAGAAAUACAGUAGCUGAAGGAGAAUCCAAAGAUGCUCUGAACAAAUUCAUUGCAAGUCAGAAUCAACAGGCUGACAAUUCAAACUCAUUUCCUGAACAAAAACUGAUUACUGCAUCCGAGAACUUCAACAAACCAAACUAUCAAGAAAAAUUUAAUGAUACUGCGGAGCGAAACAACAAUACAGAUCCAGUGAAAAGUUCGAACUAUUUAACAGAAAAUGAAAUAGAAUUAAAACUAGAAAAUAAAUCCAUAGAUAAUAGCCAAGUUGAAUGCAAGUAUACUGACACUACAAUGAAAUUACCAUAUAGCAAAAGAAAAUCCAAAAGCAAUCUUCCAAUAUCGACAAUAUCUGCUGCUAUGAGUGUGGCAGUGGAGAUGAGACAAUCAAAUGGUAACAAAUCGGAUGAUCAUUCUUCCAGUGGCAAUUGGAGCUGCAGUAGUGAUCAGAACUCCUCCGAUUCUGAUAAAAAACCUUCUUUGAAUAAUGACCCACAGAAACAUCUUCACUUGAAGGAUAAUUCGAAAAUAUCAGAAAGUUUAAGUCACUGCAAAGAGAGGUUCAAAGCAAGAUCUCUGUCAACUAACAAGCAAAGAAUACUUUCAUCGGAAAAAUAUGAAAAUCACGAUCCAGAUGUAUCUAGUUCGACAUCAUCAGAAAUUGAUAAAUUACAUGGAGAUGAUAUCACAUCAAUUAAUACAUCCACAGAAUCAGAUGCUUUUUUCAUCAGUAGUGAUGAAAGUGAUGAAUAUUUAUCCGACAUACCUUUUUCUCAUGAAAAAUAUGGAUCUGCUACAUCCCUUAGUACAUUAAGCGAUCGGAGUUUAAAUAGUCUUCUCUCCCAGACUGGGUCAGAAAUAACAUCUAGCACUGGAACUUUAACUAGUGUAGGAGAAGAAAAAUUACUUAUGCCACCGCCUCCCCCUCCUCCAAAAACAGUAGCAGCUUCAAUUCUUCUAGAAAUUAAAAAUGAAGAUGUGCAGAAUCUCCAAUAUAAGGCCUAUCGACCCAUGAAUUUCUUCUCGAAGUGGUUUAUAUCUGUUUAA